AAACGUCAACAUUCCUGCUCCUCGGCCACCUUGUUGAUCCAGCUCCACGCAGUGUUAAUCUCGUUUCCCCAGCUACCCUAAUGUUCCGAGGAACGGUCACGAUCCUAAACGUUAACCCUGACUUCUCCCCACAGAUGCUGCUAGACCUGCUCAGCUUUUCCAGCAAAUUCUGUUUUUGUUCCCCCUGCUCCUGCUCCUCGGUUGCAUUUCCUCUCCCUGCCCUCCAGUCCGGAUCCCCAACUCAUUCUUCCUGGUCCGCUCCCGAUGCUCCUACUCCGGAACAAGUCCGCUCCCGUUCCAGGUUCCGCUGCUCCCGUUCCCGCUCGGGAAGAGGCAGAACCCGCCGCCAAUGGCGGAAAACCGGCUUCCAAAAUGUGAAAGGAGCCAAUCAGCAGCGGGCCCUGGUGCCCAGCAACAGCUGCUAGAGACGCGGCUUGGCCCGGGCUCCGGACAGUGACCGUGCCCGGGGCAUUGGACGCUGAAUGUGACCGGAACAAGCUCGGCGGUGAGCUGGACCCCUCUUCCCAAACAUGUCUGCAUUUAUCUAGCAGUUGGAGAGAGAGAGAGAGAAUGAAGUCAAGAUCAUCUUCACCUCCCAACUAUGCCCAUCUUAAAAAAUCUGCACCUGUUCAUGUUCAUCUUCAAAAGCCCAAGCUGUUGCCUUCUGUUGUGGAAGUAUGUUUCCUUCCAGUUAUCUCGCGUGCAAAAAAGAAAUCGCUCAACUCCUUCAACGAGAGCAAACAGAACUGUGAAGGGGAAAGCUAAGGGUUGUAGGGAGCCCCAUACUUCAACCUUUAGCCAAAGUUACAAACAAGAGUUUUCAGGGUAUGCAGCAAACAUAGAGUCCAAGGAGGAGCCAAAUGCAUCAAAUUGGAUAAGUGAAGACUGUGAAACUGACGCACAAGAACUUACUCAAUCAACCAACAAAAAUAGGACUUCUCAGGAGAGUUUUGAAAAGUUCCAGAAAGAGCUGGACUGGAUAGGGCUGGAAAAGGAAAGCCUUGCUAAGGAGAACAUGUUGUUGACUGCACUUAAAGAAGCUGAAAUGACAUCAAUAUCUGCAGCUGAGCAGGUGGCAAGACUUUGGAACUCUGUUGCCGAAUUAAUGCAGGUGAAUCAACUUCCAGCCUCAGGUUUUAGUGGAUUUACUGAAGAAAAUAACAUGUUUUUGGAGAAACUGGAAAAUUUCAAGAUUGCAACUCAAAAGUUACAAUAUCUCUUAAGGGAGCAAUGGAAUUCUGAGCCUUGUAUGGAUUGUACCAACAGCCAAGUUGAAGUGUUGACACAGAAGCUGACAAGAUGUGAAACUGAAAAUAUUCAUUUAAAAAGAAGGCUGCAGGAUGUUGAGAAAAAUGCUAAAGAAGCUUUGGAGCUUUGUCAGAUGGAAAAGGUUAAUUUUUGCUUUGUAAAGCAACUGUCAAAGUCUGUUGAAGCAACCCAAGCUCGUCUACAAGGGCAGCUUGGAAACAAAGAAGUCAGAAACAACAGAAUGUCACGUCAGAUCAUGAAAUUCGAGGGCACCGUAACUGGGCAGAAGUUGCAGAUCACCCACCUUAAAUCUCAGCUGGCAGCUCUGGAAGAGCAGCUUGCUGUGGACAAAGAAAUUCUAAAGAGGGCAACACGGGCUCAGAGAAAGAGAGCAGAGAGAUUUGAAACUGCUGUGGAAGACCUUAAUUCCCAGGUCAAGGAAAAGGAUCUGAAGCUGCUAGAGGUUCGACGGGACAUUGACAGCUGGAAGAAACAAUACGAUUUGGCUUUUGAUGAAAGGACCCAGUUGGAAACUGAAAAAAUUUCUCUCUCACAUCGGGUGGCUGGUCUCGAGGAACAGCUUCAGAGAGAUACAGAAAGAAGCAGAUCCACAAGUCAUGAGCUUCUCGACAAAUUACACAAUAGCAACUUGGAAAUCUCCAAUCUCAAACUGGAAAAUGUGCAAUUAAAGGCCAUGGUUACAGGUAUGGAAGAAAAUGUAUCAGUGACAACAGCAGAACUUGAACAGCUCAAAGCCAAAGCUGCACAGCAGAAGGAAAUUGUUAUACAUUACGAAACACAGGCUGACGACCAAAACUUUAAAUUGAAAUCACCUUCGGAAAUAGUGGAAUCAUUGAGCGAAGAGAAGCAGAAAUUGCAGAUGACAAUAGAAGUUCUUUCUUGGAAACUGAAGGAGGGUAACUUACACAACGAAGAACUAACAAAGACAAUAGCACAACAAGAAGAAGCUUUUCUGCGAAGCAAAUCUCAGCUAGAAGAGAGAACAAGGGAAUCUUCUGCACUGAGCCAACAGCUGGAAGCUGCUUUACAUGAUGUUACUGAGAAGGUCAGAAAGGUGAAGGAUCAGACUGAAACUCAAGAACAUGCCCUUCAGAGCAAAUUACAUAGCCUUGGAUUGGAAUUAAAUAGAAAGACCAAAGAACUGAAACAGCUUCAAUGGAACGAGAAUAAUGCUGAGAGGAGUCACGAAACCCAUCUGCAGGAGUUGAGGCUCAGUCUUGAGCAAUCAGAGAAUGAAAACCAGAGCAUUCAGAAUUACAUGCGUUUUCUCAAAUUGUGCUAUACAAUCAUGUUUGGAGACGACACCAUAACAGACUUCAAUGGUGAGCCAGCAUUGAGAUGAGUAACCUAAUCAUCACAGGAUUUGAUGGAGACUUACAAUGGCCAUCCAUUUAACAUUUGUUUUAUACUUAAUUAUGAAAUUUUAAACUUGACUUCUUUUAAGAAAAUUAAGUAAAGAUCAUGCAAAUUAUUUGUGCCAGAUAUAUUUUUCCCUGUGAUUAGAUGCAAAUACUGCACAAAAGAAAGAACUAGUGUAUUUAAUGUUCUUAAACUAAUAUGCUUGGAUAUUAUGUUUUUCAGCCCAAUUUACAUCUAAUGUCAGUGUGUAAAUGAAUAAUUUUAUUUCUGUUUCAAAAACAUUGUUAAUUUUUUAAGGCAGUAUUUUUGUGCCAAUAAGUUGUGUUUUUGACAUUGUUCCUUGGUAACGUUCAAAUACUUUUGCUCAGUUGGUUAAUUUCCACACUAAAUAAAAAUAUGCCACUGAGAAAAUAAAUCGGGAACUCUUGCAAUACUAUCCCUUCUAUGUGCUUAAUGUUGCCCAGGAACAGGCGAAUGCUAUUUAGCACCUCAAGCCUAUUCCAACAUUCAAUUAACUCAGGGCUGAUAUGCAUUGUAGCUCCACUAUUCACCUUUGCACCAUAUACUUUGGCUAAUUAGAUUCUGUGGAUCUUAGAUUUAAACUUGUUAAUUGAGCUAGGAUCUACUACUAUUUCUGUCGGAGUGUUUCCAAUUUCUUUCACCAUUACCAGAAGAAGUGAUUGCUCCCCUGAAUAGCCAGCUCUUAUUUUAUGGUAAUUUUCCUUUGUCCUAGAUAAACUCACUCAAUUCAAACAUGAAAUAACUAUUACAUUUCUUAUGGAAGCAACCUGUUUCUGCAUUAAAUAUUACUGUCCGUCAUAUCUCAGUUUGGUCAUCUUACCUAAUGCCGGUUUCUCCCAUCACAUUAGUUGAUAAAGAUGUUCCAUCCUCUACUUUACUCAAUAGAACAUAGGAACAGGAGUAAGUCAUUCAGCCCUUCGAACCUGUUCUGACAUUCAACGAGGUCUUGGCUGAUCUGUGGCCUAAUUCCAUCUACUGGCCUUUGGCCCAUAUCAUUUAAUACCUUUGCUGACCAAAAGUUUGUCUGUCUCAGAUUUAAAACCAACAACUGACCCUGCAUCGAUUGCCAUCUGAGGAAGACAGUUCCAAACAACUACAACUCUUUGGUUAUUUAAAUUGGAGAGGGUUUAGAAAAGAUUUAUCAGAAUGUUGUUGGGAGUAGAGCGUUUGAGUUACAGGGAGAGGUUGGGUAGGCUGGGACUUUUCUUGACUGGAGCGUAGUAAGUUGAGGGGUGACCUUAUAGAGGUUUAUAGAAUCAUGAGGGGCAUUGAUGAGGUGAAUAGCAAACGUCUUUUCCCGAGGAUAGGGGAGUUCAAAACUAGGCUACAUAUUUGUAAGGUGAGAGGAGAAAGUUUUAAGGAGGACAUGAGGGACAACUUCUUAAUACAGAGAGUGCUUUGUAUAUGGAAUGAACUGCCAGAGGAAGUGAUGGAUGCUGGUACAGUUACAAUGUUUAAAUUUGGCUAUCUACAUGAGUAU